AUCUCUUCCAUUUCCAUUUCUGCCAACAGCCCUGCGCCACAGGGACGCAUUGAGAACAAACCCGAGAGGCAGAAACCGCUGCGGGGACACCCUUUGACCGCCGUGCCCAACAGGCGCAGCCAGACUACGCACCGCGCGCCUCCGUGUCUGUCUGCAGCCCCUUUUCUCACAGCUCCGACACAGAGAGACAGCUUUGAACCUGCCUGCCAAGAUAAACUCACCUCGCCUAUUUAUGCCCCUGCCUCCGCGUGCACUCGGGACAGGAGGGUGUCAGCAGCUCACAGGGACAGGUUUAUCUUUCCAGCUCGUCUCCAGCGGCGCACUGGCCACUUUUACGCGCCGGGAAUGGCCACUUUUGGGGACUCGGGAGUGAGUCCUGCUGCCUUACCUCCACUCUAAAAUUACAAAGUGGGGUGACACACAUCUGAGGAAACACAGCGGUGACAUUUUGGCCACCGGCCGGGGGGCUACAGACCGGCCCCGGGGCGGAAUGCUGCUCCCGACGCUGGUGACGUGCCUCGCCGGGUGCGCUUUUCUCCUCUCGCCGGUCAGCGAGGGCUGCGGGCCGGGUAGAGGCUAUGGCAAGAGGCGACCGCCGCGGAAGCUCGCGCCGCUCGCCUACAAGCAGUUCAGCCCCAACGUGGCCGAGAAAACUCUGGGGGCCAGCGGGAGAUACGAAGGGAAAAUUACCCGGAACUCUGAGCGCUUCAAGGAGCUCACCCCGAACUACAACCCCGACAUCAUCUUCAAGGAUGAGGAGAACACAGGUGCAGAUCGCAUGAUGACGCAGCGCUGCAAAGACAAGCUGAACUCUCUGGCCAUCUCAGUCAUGAACCUGUGGCCCGGGGUCCGGCUGCGGGUCACCGAGGGAUGGGACGAGGACGGCCACCACUCGGAGGAGUCGCUGCACUACGAGGGCCGGGCGGUGGACAUCACCACGUCGGACCGGGACAGGAAUAAGUACGCCAUGCUGGCGCGGCUGGCGGUGGAGGCCGGGUUCGACUGGGUCUACUACGAGUCCAAGGCCCACAUCCACUGCAGCGUCAAGUCAGAUCACUCCGUGGCGGCUAAAUCUGGAGGUUGUUUCCCUGGCGAGGCCUUGGUGACGUUGGCGAGCGGCGCUCAGAAGCCCAUCAGCGACCUGCGCCCGGGUGAGCGCGUCCUGGCGUUGGCGGGCAGCGACGGCAGCGGGGAGCUGCUUUACAGUGAAGUCCUGCUCUUCCUGGACCGCGACCCUGUCACCCGGAAGCUCUUCUACACUCUGCACACAGAAGCCGGAGCCCGCCUGUCGCUCACCGCCGCCCACCUGAUAUUUGUGUCUGAGGGGAACUGCUCAGAGGGGGCGCUGCUGGCCCGCAGCGCCCUCAGGACUGUGUACGCCAGCGACACCCAGCCGGGACAGUGUGUGCUGGUGUCAGAGGGGAAAGCGGGAUGGGGACGUCUGUCUCGGAUCACCCGGGUCAGCAUGAGGGUGAGCAGGGGGGCGUUUGCACCGUUGACCCAGCAGGGGACGGUGGUGGUGGACGGGGUGGUGGCGUCCUGCUACGCCGUGGUGGACCAGCACUGGCUGGCUCACUGGGCCUUCUCACCACUCCGGCUCAUCCACAGCUGGACUGGAUCCACUGGGAGCCAUGGUGAUGGGAUCCACUGGUACUCGCAGCUUUUACACUGGCUGGGGAGGAUGCUGCUGGACUCAGGACACCUCCACCCGCUGGGCGUGGCUCAGGACGCCAGGUGAGGACGGGAAGAGGUCACACGGGAGGACACUUUAACCACAAAGGAACCUUAACCCCUCAUUUUGUGCACUGGGAUGACCCCAGAUUGAAACCUGUAGAGCCGCUCAGGACUGGGAUGGACUGCUUGACGCCACAGGAGACGUCUGGGUUCCUGCUGAGGCGUGAUGGGAGUUCUUUUGGUGUGACAUGGCGGGAAGAGGAAGCUGUGAACUGACACAGACGAACUCUCCCCAAACCACAAACACAGCAAAUAAAAGAGCACUUGGAGUCAGAAAGAGCUCGAAAAAGACUUAAGUGACACCUUUAUCCUUUAAAACACUAUGAAACAAAAAUACCUUAACAAUCCCUUAGUAAACCCUUAAUCUACCCUUAAAAAAACCUUACUUCAAUUAUCACCGUAAGGUGUCAUCAAGGUUGUGAUUUAAUAAACUGAAACAUUUUCAGUGGCAAAUUACUGAUGUUUUAAGGGAUUUUUAUUCAGUAUUCAGGUAUUUAAUGGGUUGUUUUGGGUAUAUGUUGCAGACACCCAUAGAUGAAGGGCAUUUUAAUGGGUUUUCUCUAUCUGUUCAACUGGAUUUAAGUGGGAAAAAAAAACACCUUAACAUGACAAUAAAUCCCUCCCUGCAUGUUCAGCUUAAAUGGAAAAUUAAGGCACUUUUAAGGUACACUGUAAAUUUAUUUACCCUUUAAAUAACCCUGAAUCUGUUCUUAUAAACACCUUACUUUACACAUUAAUUAUCAUAAGGUGUCAUUAAGGUUGGGAUUUGAUGAUCGGAAACGUUUUCAGUGGCAAAGUACUGAUGUUUUAAGGGAUUUUUAUUCAGUAUUCAGGUAUUUCAUGGAUUAUUUUGAGUAUAUGUUGCAGAAAUUAAUGGAUUAAUGGUAUUUUAAGGGGUUUUCUCAAUGAUGCAAUUGAAUUUAAGUGGGGAAAAAACUUAACAUGGUGUUUAGGCACUCCCUGCAUGUCUAACUUAUAUGAAAAGUUAUGGCACUUUUAAGGCACAGUGUAAAUUCAUUUACCCUUAAAAUAACCCUUAAUGUGGUCUUAAAAACACCUUUACUUUAUACACAAUAAUUAUCAUCGUAAGGUGUUAUUAAGGUUGGGAUUUAAUGAUCUGAAACAUUUUCAUGUUUUAAGGGAUUUUUAUUCAUUGUUCAGGUAUUUAAUGGGUUAUUUUGGGUAUAUGUUGCAGACUUAAAAAGAUUAAGGGUAUUUUAAUGGGUUUUCUCUAGGAUUCAAGUGGAUUUAAGUGGUUAAAAAACACCUUCAAAUGGCGUCAACACCCUCUUACAGUACACUGUAAAUUAAUUUACCCCUCAAAUAACCCUUAAUCUGUUCUUAAAAACACCUUACUUUACACAUUAAUUAUCAUUGUAAGGUGUUAUUAAGGUUGGGAUCUAAUGAUCUGAAACGAGAAAAAAAGUACUGAUGUUUUAAGGGAUUAUUAUUUAGUAUUCAGGUAUUUAAUGGGUUGUUUUGGGUAUAUGGUGCAGUCAUUAAUGGAUUGAGGGUAUUUUAAUGGGUUUUCUCUCAGUUUCAAGUGGACUUAAGUGGUUACAAAACACUUUAACAUGGCAUUAAAGCUCUCAUUACAUGUUCAACUUGAAUGAAAAAAUAAGGCACUUUUAAGGUACACUGUAAAUUAAUUUAUCCCUCAAACAACCCUUAAUCCGAACAGAAAACCCUUUAAAAACCCCUUAAUAUAGUACAGUACAUUUAUCAGUUAAUGUAUCUUCUAUCUGGGGUAAACCUUUUAAACACCUAUGUCAGAAUCCCUUAUAAUAUCACUUACUUGCACUUGAGCAUGAACCAACCUUAACAACACCUUAGAUCAAAACAAAAAUGGUAAUAUGGUAAAUUAAGGGGAAAGUUAUUGGUAAUUUUAAAGGUGUUUUACAGCCUACAAAGCCAAUAAUUACAAUCCCAUUAAAACCCAUUAAGAUAUCCUGAUUUAUUGGGUGAAUCAGGGGAUAUUUAAGGUAAAAUUUUAAGGGAUUUAGUUUCAUAGUGAAGUCCACAGGGAUGUUGUGUUGUAUGUAACUUUACUGCUUUAAUACAAAGAUUCUAGAAUAAAUGAUAGAGUGUAUUUAAGUGUUAUUUGUUUACAGAAAUCCAAUAAUGUUUAUGAAGUUAUUGUGGGUGAAGAGAUAUUAAAAAAAGAUUUAUUUUUGAAAUUAAAUUAUAUGGAAAUGA